GGAGAGCCGCCGUUCGGAGAUGAUUUUGGGUUUGGUCUUUCUUCUUCCUUCGUUUUUCCCGUCUUCCUUUUGAUCUUCUUCUGCUUUUCUCUAACGUGAUUUUUUGGUUUUUACUCACCGUGGGGACUGUAUUACCUUGCUUCUUUCUGCAUUCUUUCAUGAAAGGAAGGGGGAAAAGGGAAGGUAUAGAACAGACAUGGCGAUUGAUGGCUAAGGUAGCUCGCCGGCUGCCCAGGAUGCUUGUGCCAUGAUUAUCAUCAUAUCCUGCCUCACUACAAGGUUUUUGUUCUCCAUCUUCAGCUCAAGGCAUUUCUUUACUUGGGAGAUUUAAUUGAAAAAUGCAUUCUAAACUCAUGAAAUUACCCUAACAUGGAUUCUGAAAAAACUUCUGCUACAUAUAUUUCAUCUGCAAGGUUUGGGUCAGAGGUUCCUUUAGGUGAAUGAUCAGUCAGCUUUCUGAACAUCAUCCAAAAUUGCACAUUUCUCAUUAUCCACUUAAUGAACUUCUGCAGGAUCUGAAAUUCCUUGCAGAAUUGCUUUUUCUAAUGCUGGAAUCAGGAUGUUUACCUGCGCUAGUGGCAAUGGGUAUCUCUGGCAAGUUGAUUCUUGCAGAGAAAUAUCCAUUAUGGAUCAGUGAGGAGUUGCAAUUGCCAUUGCUCCUCUGGCUGGGUUGAGUGUAAAUCCAGACAUUGCUAGAAGUAGGGUUUCUAUUUUUUAUUUUUUGAUGAAAUUUUGAUAUGAAUAUGAAAAGUCAAGCUUGCCAGGAUGUUUUGAUGUUGAUCUUGCGGUUCUGAGGUACUUUAAUUUGGAGGGCAUUCAUGAUAUGAGCCUAUCCUGGAUGUCUUGUACGGGUAGCUGGAGAAAACGGCCACCCUCUAUUGUGCCCACAUUUCCCAUGGCUCCUUUUUUAAAAUGAAUGAUAACUAAGGCU